AUGAAGACUCCUUCGACGGCAAGCUCUCGACGGCGUCCGGGAAAGUCAGUGGCGGCGUCCUCUGAUGGUCAUUCAGGAGAGCUGGAUCGAAAGCUGCAUUCGAAACGACCUCGUCGAUCCAAGAUCUUGUGGAGUAGCUUGGUGGUGAUGGCGACGUGGUUGGCUCUGGGUUUCAUCACGUCUCCACCCCACAACAAUAGUAGUGUCAGCAGUAUGGAUCGACGACGACGACAACAAAUGAUCCGAGAACCUCCUUAUUUUCGACAAGACCAAAACAAGUUUGACACUCGUCGAUGGAAUCAUCGUUCCAACUCGUCCAAACCAUGGAAUCCCCUCGGCACUACCCAAUCUCCCUACUCGGAAAUGACCCCUCAGAUGGACGUGAUUUGGGCCCGUGGUUGGUACAAUGCCAUUCCUCCUCCCCGCCAUGUACCGCUAGACUACUACAACCGUGCCGGAUUGGAUGGCGGCGCGGCACCAAUGGACUUGAUUGCCGAGCGGUAUUUUCCACCCACCCUCUGUGGUCCCCGCUGGAUGCGCAUCAACGAUGUGGCGCGAUGGAUCCAAGACGUCCUGCCGCAAGUCAAAUGUCACUUUACACUCAUUACCAGUGAUGGAAUCAUUGAUGUCCCCAAUGCCGUAUACAAUGCCGAAGCUCUUUUGGAUUCGCGCUAUCUGGUGGCGUGGUACGCCCAAAAUGUCGUGGAUGCCCGUCAUCCUAAAUUGCAUCCCAUCCCGGUGGGAUUGCCCAUUCACUAUGGAUUUCCCAAGUCUCCCCACAGUGCUCACACAUUACAAACACUCCUGAAUAUUCGACAAUCCAUGCCAGCAUUUGCGACCGAACGAUCGUCCCAAAUAUUACUGGAUAUUGGAACCACCCGGGGUGGAGGAGCCCGGGGACAAGCCCGCUUGGAAGCAGCGCAAAUUCUCCGGCAGUGUCCCCAUCGCGUCCAAGUCAUGGAGCCCACACCGACGGUCGAGACGUGGACACAGCAUUAUCGCACACAUCAAUUUGCCGUCGUGAUACGAGGCACCGGAUGGGAUACCUACCGGACAUGGGAGUACUUGCUGCUGGGGACGGUCCCCAUUUUGCUGGAGGACACGCCCAUUGUACAAAAUUUGCAUUUGCCGGCUCAUGUUCCCAUUGUGACGGUAGCCAAUUGGACCGAAAUUUGUCAAUGGACCAAUCAAGAUGUGGCGCGUAUGGUCGAGCGAUACCAAGGAUGGAUUGACAAUGCAUUUCAUUGGUUGCGACCGUCGUUGUGGGUACCACGGAAUCAAACCGAAAUGGAACGACUGUGCGAUGUGUCUCCCGGGUGUCGGGAAACCAGCCUGGAGCAAGAACAAAAACGAAGAUUACAAAAAUUGUCUCGAGAUCAAGAGAAUGCCGUGCCAACCGAAGAGGAGGAUACGCUCGGACUCGAUCCGCAACAGCAUCAAGAAAUGCUGCGAACCUUGCUGCGAAGUGCCACGUCCGACGAACUGGAACAAAUCAUCCAGAGUGAUCCCAUUGCCAAGGAGAAAAUGUAUCAGCAAUUGCUGUUGAGCAGCCAGGCCGAAACGUAA